AUGGACCUUCUUACCAACGUAUCACGGCCCAUCUACGACCCGAUUCGGGACGGAGCCGGCUACAGAGCCGGAACCCGGAUAGCUAGGGUGCAGUUGCUCGUGGCGUUGUUCCUCGGGCUUUCGGCUUUUCUUAUCUUUUGUAUACUACGAAAGAAGUACCCCAGGAUCUAUGUGGCUAACUUCAACCGAAUCAACCAAAACUACGUCCACAGCCACCUGCGGCAGAACUUGCCGCCGCUUUCACAAAAUCUGCUUUUUGGCUGGGUGCCUAUUGUUUUUAAGAUAAGCGAGAGCCAGGUGCUAGAACAUGCUGGUUUAGACGCUGUUGUGUUUCUUGGUUUCUUCAAAACGUGUAUCACGAUUCUCGCCACGUGUGUUGUUUUUGCUGUGACGGUGAUUCUGCCUGUCAGAUAUAAGUACACUGGCCGGAUGGACCUUCCAGAUCCAGACGACGAUGAUGAUCGUAAUUCUACCCUGAUAAGGCUGGCUGGGUUUCAUGCUAACCUUGUGGAGCUCCUUAAGCAUAAGAAACCUGAUCACGAGCCCAUUUUGUGGAUGUACACGCUUUUCACGUAUGUCUUUACCGGGCUUGUCAUUUACUUACUCCACAAGCAGACCUUAAGAAUCAUCGAUAUGAGACAGAGAUACCUCGGUAAGCAGAGUUCGAUCACAGACCGCACGAUCAAGCUUUCUGGAAUCCUGCCUCUGUUGCGUGAGGAAGAGGCGUUGAAAAGACAUAUCAACCUGCUUGGUGUGGGAGAGGUUCACGAUGUGGUGGUGGUGAAGGAGUGGAAUGCACUCAACUCGUUGAUCAAGAUGCGCCGCAAGGUUAUGAGACACCUUGAGAUGGCCUGGGUGGAGUAUCUUGAGACAAACGGCUUGAAUAACACCACAGAUGUCAUGACCUCCAGGAUACGACCUUCGAUUGGCGAUCUGUUCAAUCUCCACCAGCCUCUGGGUACAGCAUUUACAGACGAGGAAGAGGGCUCCAACGAAGUGCAAAGCGAUGCAGCUUCAGCUACCUCCUCACCAUCCAUUAUCGAUCAGAUUUCUGAGCACAUUGACGAUCACGAUGCUCUUGAAGGAAGCGCCAGUCAGCUUCCCCUUCUCAACGACGAUGCCGCUAAGAGACCUAAAAUGAGAAAAGGAUGGCUCGGCCUCUUUGGGCCCGAAGUCGACUGUAUCAGCUACUACACCAACCAGCUUGAGAUCAUCGAUAAGGAAAUCAAACGCUACAGACUCCGCGAGUUUCCUCCUAGUUCCACGGCCUUCAUCACAAUGCGCUCUGUGGCUCAGGCCCAGAUGCUAGCUCAGGCUGUGCUUGACCCCAAGGUGAAUCACUUAAUCACGAGCUUGGCUCCUGCUCCUCACGAUAUCAUCUGGGAGAACCUUUGCUUAACAAGAAAGGAGCGUAAUACGAGGAUCUUCUUUGUCAUGGUUUUCAUCGGUCUUGUUUCGGUGCUUUUGGUGUUCCCCGUGAAGUUCUUAUCCAAUUUCUUGAACGUUAAGACGAUCUCAAAAAUCGCCCCAAAACUCGGUGAAUUCCUCAAGGACCACAAAUGGGCCGAAUACCUCAUCACGGGUAUUUUACCACCCUAUGUCUUUACCAUCUUCAACAUCGUCAUGCCUUACUUCUACAUUUGGGUCACCAAAAGGCAGGGCUACACUUCACACGGUGACGAAGAAUUAUCCAUCGUGUCCAAAAACUUUUUCUACAUCUUCGUGAAUUUGUUCCUUGUGUUCACACUUUUUGGAACAGCUAUAAUCAGCGACACUGCCCAACUUGCCUACCAGUUGGCCUACUCGCUUCAAAAGUUGAGUUUGUUUUAUGUGGACUUGAUUAUUCUUCAGGGUAUUGGUAUCUUCCCGUAUAAAUUGCUUCUUUUGGGAAACCUUCUCAAGUACCCAAUCGGCAACAUAUUCUGGUGCAAGACCCCAAGGGACUAUCUCGAUCUUUACAAGCCACCAGUCUUUAAUUUUGGGUUGCAGUUGCCACAGCCCAUCCUUGUAUUAAUUAUUACGAUUACCUACUCGGUGAUCUCGACCAAGAUCCUCACCGCAGGAUUGAUUUACUUCAUUAUUGGCUACUUUGUCUUCAAGUACCAGUUGCUCUAUGCAUGCGUCCAUCCGCCUCAUAACACCGGUAAGGUCUGGCCUUUGGUGGUGAGAAGGCUGAUUUUGGGCCUUUUGAUUUUCCAUACCACCAUGUUUGGUACCCUUGCAUCGCAAAAGGCUUUUGUCUGUGCAACGUUCAUGAUUCCAUUGGCCAUAUUCACCUUGUUUGUGCUUUGGAACUUCCACAAGCACUACAUUCCAUUGUCUUCUUUCAUCGCCUUGAGAGCCAUCGAAAACAACCAGUUGCCUUUCCACGGUGACGAAGAGGAAGAUCUUGUGGGCGAUAAUGAUCUGGGAAGGGGCCAAACCCUUGACGAGCGCAGAGAGUUUUCUCAGACGUACGAGUAUCCUGAUUUGAUCAACGACCUCGAUGAAUAA